AUGAUGCAACAAGAGCAAGAAAAUAUAUCACCUGCCAAUACACUUGUAAAAUAUGAUACACCAAUUCUUCUGUCGGAGGCAAUAAAGAAGAAGGGAAAUAAGGCUUUGAUGGGAGUUUCAGGAAAGAAUAAACAAGCCUUACCACCUCUUCAAACAACAGGAUCUGAAAGACUAACACAAACAGAAGAUAUUUUAAAUUCAAUACUCCCACCAGUAGUCUUCUCCGAAAAUAGUCAACAAUGGAUACAAUAUGUAUCAUCCACGCCUGCCACCAGGUUGGAUGUUACAAAUCUUGAGGAACAAUUAGAUUCAAAUCUUUUGAAAAGAAAAGCUAAGGAAACUGGUAUUUGUCCAGUGAGAGAAGAAUUAUAUUCUCAAUGCUUUGAUGAACUCAUCAGACAAGUUACUGUAAAUUGCCAACAAAGAGGUUUAUUGAUGCUGCGAGUAAGGAAUGAAAUCAAAAUGACAAUCAAAGCAUAUAAGCAAUUGUAUGAAAGUAGUGUGGCUUUUGGUAUGAGAAAAUCACUUCACGCCGAAGACGGAAAAACUGAAAUGGAAUUGAAGAUUAUGCAAUUAGAAAAGGAAAAGGCUGAAUUGGAUAAACAAGUUAAGGAAUGGCAGGCCAAAUGUGAAGCAACAGAAAAGAGAGAAAGAGAAAAGAGCAAACAGGAAAAGAAGAAAUUCGAAGAAGAAAUUGCCUUCUUAAAGAAGCAAAACCAACAAUAUUCUCAAGAACUUGAAAGAUUAACAAUGACAAAAACUAAAUAAACCCUAGAUAUUUCAUU